GCGCUGCAGGCGAACGGAGCGUCAACCGCACGCCAGCGAUCGCAAGCAAGCGCCACGCGUCGCGCCGGCGUCGCGCCGGGGGCGUGGAAGCGAUCCCGGCUAGGGGCAGCCUCUCAGGCACGAUGCAGCACGCCGUCGUCGCGCUGCUGCUCGCCACGGCGCGGGCCGCCCGCGUCGCCACGCCGACGAAGGACGACCGCAUUCAAGCGCAACAGGACGCCGCGGGCACGCAACGCAUCUUCGCCGAGCAAUGCCGCCGCGACCGGUCGGAGGCGACGUGCGAUACUCACUGGGCGCGCUGGGUCGACAUGCGCGCGCGCGAUCUUGUUAGGAGGCGAUCUUACAACGAGCCGGUCGUGAUGGCGCCCUCUCUCUCAUCAAAUGAUGUACCUCUCUCGUAUGACCACGUGCCUUGCGGCGAGACGCUGGAUCCGAUCACAAAGUGCGACGAGGCCGUCGUCGCUUUGGGCGUCGUGAGCGCUUCGACAAAUCAAGCACAUAGAAGCGCCAUCCGCGAGACGUGGCUGCGAGCACCGGGGAAGUUUGGGGUGGCAUACCGAUUCUUCCUCGGUAUUCCCGGAAACGGCUUAAUACCGGCGGCCGAGAUGAGCAUCCAUAGAGAUAUACAUAUAGUGAACGUGACAGAGAGCUACAAAGCAACAUGGCACAAAGUGCGGGCCAUCUUCCACUGGGGCGCAAACACGUGCGGCGCCUGGUAUGUACUAAGGGCGAACGACGACGUCUACCUGCGGCUGGAGGCGACCGUAGCAGGGUUAUAUAAAGCGGGACCGCCGUCGCGCGUCUAUGCAGGGCUCUUUGUUGAUCCAAAUACGAUGCACGUGCCGCGUAUAGAUACCAUACCCCAAGCACCUGAAGGUAUUUCGGACGACGACUGGACGCGCGCGAACAAGGCCUGGGUCGUUUCACGUGCCGAAUAUCCCGCGGACCGAUAUCCUCCAUUCGCGCAAGGCAACGCGUAUAUCCUAUCAAGAGAUUUAGCAAAGCACGUCGCGACGAUGACGUCUUCGAGACCCUUACCUGAUGAUGUUGAGGUCGGUCUGUUGAUCGAUGGUGUGACCGGCGGCAAUUUUGUGAGAGUUGAUGUGGCGGCCGAUUAUGCGACUGAAGGAAGGUGGUCCCCGUGUCGCCCGGAAUCCGCCUGGCACUUCAAUCUCCAUCCGGAGCACAUGUACGACUUGCAUUCAGCGGAGCCCGACGUUUUGUGGUAUGAAUACGGGUUCGAGGUCGACGGCGGCCGGGUUUUACUAGGCUGGGACGACCGGGAGGAUUUGGACGCGUUUGCGUCAUUGGUAGCGUCGGACCAUGGGUUGGUGGGCGAGGGCUGCCACGGUGCAGCUGCGGACACGUGCGCUGGAGGGCGGUUGGCCGCGGCGCUCCGGGCCGCGCCGGUCGUUUCUUCUCCGGAUAGGUGCUCGCGGGUGCCCGAGGGGGUGUUCUGCUGCGGGUAAUAAUGUUGUGUAAA